AUGAAAGAUGAAGGAUUAUGGAAUUUAAGAAUCGACAUUGCAAAUUGUUCAUCCGUAGAUAUUUCUUUGAAACACAUCUAUAUCGAGGUUCGGGAUCAAGGAACUGGUGAAUCGAUUCAUACAUUGAUAUCAGUGGAGAUAAAGUCAGCGGGGUUCGAUUUAAUUCCGCUCCGACCUGGCUUUUCGAAGCGUUCAAAAGAAAUGCCAUUACUCUUAACAUCAACGACAAAAAGUAUAGCUGAAAGCAAUAAAGUCGUACAGCUAGAAGUAUUGUGUAUUAGUGAUGGCGUGGCAAACAAUUCAGAAUUAUUUGAAAGUAGUCUCGACCAAAUUAUUCUUAUACCUUUGAAAGACGACCAGAAAUGUUUCGUUUUACUUAUCAAGGGUAAACGAAAAAUAGGCAAUGAUUUUUCAAAUAUCGUAACAUUUAUGGUUCCGUCAUUCGCUUAUUCGCGAUCAAUGGACUUUAGAUUGAUUUCAUUCUCGAAAUAUCCGAAAGAUGCCACCUUCAGAGACGGCGACACUUUUAAAACGAAUAUAUUUGCAACUAAACCAUCGCAAUUUAAUUAUUUGCUAAUCUGUAAUGAAAAUUCAAUAGUGCUAAGCAGAAGCGUUCGUGAUGAUGGCCUUAUAUCAUUCGUAAUCGAGCCGACAAUGAAAGAAAAAUGCAUCUUAUAUGUCUAUAGUUAUUCUGAUCAAGUUCAGAUAGAUAUGAUUCAAUUUUUUGUCAAGCGUGGAUGUCCGUGCAAGAAAGAUCAUUUUUUCCAGUAUUCAGUGGUGGUAUCAUCCAACAAUAUCGAUGUGAAAGAAAAUUUAACAGUAACUAUAUAUGGCGAGCGCAAUGGGCUAGCAACGCUCCAUGUCAUUGAUCAAAGCAUGAUUGAUUUAUUCGAGCAUAUUUAUCCAGAGAAAGCAUGUCGUGAGGCAGGUAUUCUAUUAAUAAAAAACGGACAAAAAUGCCCAGAUCUUCAACCGUCGAAAUCGUUCAUUACUGAACGGUGCCUUCAAGAAAUGAAUCUCGCUUGCGAUAGUGCAAGAAAGCCAACUUCCAGCUCAGUUUGCGAUCGAAACCAAGCACUUUGUGCCAAGUUAAAUUACGCCACAUUUGCACGAAAUUUUCAAUUGCCUACGGACCAUAGAAAACCUCAAACAUCACAAGAUGAAAUGGAACUUUCAAUUAAUGAAGAACCGGCUCGACCUCCAAUACGCGAAUUUUUUCCGGAAUUCUGGAAGGAUUUUUUCGCUUCUAUCGACGUGCCAAAACAUGUUUAUGUGAAUGAAACGAUUGUAGCACUGGUGACUGCAACGGUCGAUAAAAAACUUGAUAACUUCAUGAGGUUAUCAAUAUGCCUCGAAAAACUCGAACGACAUACAUGUAUAGAUGUAGGAAUUGAUGGUGAUGAAAGUCGAGAGGAUUAUAACACCAUAUAUUUCACUCCAAAUCAACUGACCGCUUCAAGGCGUUUCAAUUUGAGGUUUUAUCAAGUUGGAGAUGCAGAACUAUUGAUUCAUUUCAAACGUGAGGGGACAUCGUAUCAAGUACCACAUCACUGUGAUACCGGUGAAGUGUAUGACUCUUUGAAAGUCAAAUUUGAUGUUGUUGUAGAGUACACUGAGUAUAGACUUGCGCCUUCUUCACAGAAACUCUAUACGAAUAUUAGAAUAAAUACUCCAGAUUCAGAUCGUGUUCAAAGUAUCGCUGUGGAAAUUUCCAGAUUCUUGCCAACCGAAUCGACUUUUGAAGAUGGUAUGCUUAGUGUGAAUGAGAAUAAUUUAUUUCGCCAAAAACGAGCGACAGAAUGGCGACGUUCUUUUCUAACUGAUCGCCUCAAAUCGCUCGCAAUAACUUUAUAUGAAUUUAAAACUUUACAACUUCGCACCAACAAUGAUCUUUCUGUUUUAGAGAAAUACGAUAAUAAUAUUGGAUCUCUGAUAUCUGCGACAUUAUCAUUUUCCGACUGCUUGGGCCAAAAUAAAUGUGGUUUUUCCCAAUAUGCUGCACCUCGAGAUCCAAGUGAAAGAUCAGUUUUUUUAUCAUUAAUAACAGCUUCAUUAUUUUGCGAAUCAAGCACUGAUGAACGAAUCGUUUGCCCUAUAUUAAACUAUUUAUUUAGUCAGUUUGAAGUACCAUCAAACAUGAAUGUCGACGAUUACUUUCUCAGGCAAAUGGGUUUCAUAACAAAUGCUGAUCAGAACUGGUUUUUAAAGGCACUAUUCCACCAACUUUCAUCAGAUUGCAUUGCUUAUCAGUGCAUUAAAAACGACAAAAUAUGGAUAAAGUUACGAUCAAAUUUCUAUACUUUACUAAACAAAGUUCAACUUGACAUACGUACAAUUGCUGCUUUGGCAUACAUGGCACCGAAAUCUACAAGAAGUAUUAUGCGAAUCAAAAUGUAUUCUGUAAUUAGAAACAAUUUGCCAUAUUGGACCGUUGAAACACCGUUUGACGCAUUAACUGUGAACAAAGCAGGUUUUAAUAAUGCUAUCGCAGAUAAGAGUACAAAAAAUGGUAAUAUUUUGGCUAAUUCGCUUGGUAUUAUGGCAUUUGGAAGUCGUGGCAUUGAUCCCGUAAUUAAAAGCAUCGAGCUUGAUUCACUAGCUGAUUGGCUUUUCGAACAACUUAGCGAUUCUACUUCACCAAUAGAAACUUAUUUUGCAAAUCGAGCAAUUUAUGAAUAUCGCUUACAUAAAGUAAACGCGAUUGACAAAGGCUCACAACAAGUAACCAUCGAAUGUGCAUUAUGUGCGAACAAAAAAAGCAACGUUUCUGUCCAUCCAUCAAUUUUUUAUGUAUCUUUAACUUUGGAUUCAUUUAGAUAUCAAUUUCACUAUUCUUGUGCAGCUUUUUUCUCCUUACCCUUCUUCCAGUAUGUUGCACUACUUCUGGUUUGGCUGGUUCCACCCACUGCUGCACUGCCAAGUACGAUCAAAAAUUUCACGAUAAUUACUGAAGGACAUUCGAAAAUACGAACUGGUAUUCGUGUAGUGACAAGUAAGCGACAACGAGUACGAAGAGAACUUGAUAAUAAUGGCCAAGCAGUUAGCCUUAGGCUUUUUCAGUUUUUCCCCCUACAAGGAUAUCUUCGCCAAGAAACAUGCGUUAGAGUGAAAGCAGCUAUGAUUGAUUCCCUUGAAAUCAUUCAUGGACUCUUUAGUGGAUUCACAGCUGCAGAAGAAAAUUUCCGGAUCCUUAAUCUGAAACAAAAUAGUGAACUUUGUUAUGAACUGGUAUCGUUUGAGCAAAAAUUCCUUGGUUAUGAGCCAAAUCAGUUAGCGCCUAUUGUUAUUACAGCUCGAAGUCCCAUAUAUGAUGUGGUCGGGCAAACAUUGUCAACCUAUUUGGACGUACGGUCGAAAAAUCCAGUGCCACUUGAUGAAACGGUUGAAUCGCUUUGUUGGGAUGAAAUUUGUGUGUGUGCUGAGCGUGGUUGUAAAGUUCGAUGCUCUUAUUGUAGGACGGUUACCGCUUCAAGUUUAAAGGCUGAAAUAUGUGCUCCUUAUGCCUUUGGAGCAACAGUUGAAAUUGAAAGUGUUAGAGACGGUUAUCAUCCACACGGAAUCGAGUUUAAAGUUAUGGAUGUUUCAGUUAAGCACUGGAAACAGUUUUAUGAUGUAUCGAUGAUGAAGCCAGACAGAAUCGAGAUUUGGAUGAUGUUAAGAAGACGUUGUAACCCACGAUGUGAUCCUCCUGAAGUUGGCGAUACAUAUUAUUUGGGUGGCAAUAUUCUGGAUCUCAAAAUUGGCACAGAAGCCAAGGUGCACUAUAUUCUACGUGACGACGAUCGUUGGGAUAAAGCAUCUGAAAAUUGUGCACAUAUUUUUAGUUACAUGAUAAUUGUUAACUCUUGUGAUAAUUCGAAUCAUUCAAGCGAAUAA